GACACGAGAGGGCAGGACCACCGUCAUCAUCCAAGCAUCCAAUCCAAUUCAAUCAUGCAGCCCGAUUGCUACGCGCAUGCUACGCGCCAUUUGUUGUUUUGUGUUUGCUGCGCCUGGUCAGCUAUGCCCAUGCAUUCCUACACGGUGGCCAAGAAAGUCGAGGUCAUUCAAUGGCAUCGUGAAAACGGAAAAAACGUGCACCAGACGUCUCGACAUUUCAAGCUCGACCGGAAGCGGAUACGGAAAUGGGAAAAGAAUUUCGACAAUUUGCUGCAGCAAAACUACGGGAAGGCAAAACUUCGACGGAAGCUGAGUAACGGCGCACCAGUGUUUAGUGAAUACGUGGACAAUGCGCUCUUUGAGUUCUUCGAGCGUGAAAGAAGUGCAGGACGUGCCGUUAGCAACCGGUUUCUUUCUGAAGAGGCCGUCAAGAUCGCCAGCAGCAUGCAGUUGGGAAACUUCGUAGCUUCCAGCCAUUAUAUAAAUCGGUGGAAGCAGCGGUUCGGCGUUGCAAUGCGCCGCGCUACAAACGAGAGCCAGAAGACGCCGGAGGAAUUUUCGGAGGCAGCAAGUGCCUUUCGGUCUUCCGCGAACUCCCUGCGACGGCGCUACGGCCACACUUUGUACAACAUGGCCAAUAUGGAUCAGACGAUGGUCCGAAUAGACAACCCGGCCAACAGGACCAACAACGUGAUCGACGAAAGCACCAUACGGAUCGCUAACACAGGAUGUGCCCGGCGAGGCUUCACGGUUUGCCUAGCUGCUUGCGCCACCGGUCACAAGCUCCCAGCCUUCAUUAUAUUCAAGGAGCAAAGCGGGAAAAUUCCAGCCAGGGCCUUUGCGAGCCUUCGCAUACCAGGUGAGAAUAAUUUUAUUUUAUUGAUGGGGGCGAUUAGUCACAAUUUCGCCGAGUUUGUUCUAUCACAAUGCUGA